AUGAUUAGACGACAACCUAGUACUAUUAACUUGACUCAAGAAGAUGUUUUAGAGCUGCAGGAUGAGUUAGAAGAACAAAAGCUCCAGACACAAAUCAGGUCCCAGCAAAGAAACUUGCAAAGAUCAGGAACCAUUCCAGAAAGCUUUUCUGAGCAAAGACCAGAUACAAAAACAGACAGUACCUCUCUAAGUGGCACACCUCUGGAUAAGAACAUCGCCGACGAUAAUUCGCAAAGGCGGCCAUCGCAUGCCAGUAUCGACGCAGAAAGCCGAUCUCCCGCCCAGAUAUCUAGAGCAAUACCAAAUAACCCAUUUUACACUGGAUAA